UGUUGGUAGAGGUGGCGCUUGCUUGACGCCCUCCUUCCUGAUGACUCUGGUGGUGAUGUAGGGCCAAGCCCAGAGCGCCAUCCCAUAACCAGAAGCUUCAGCUUCUCGUGGCCACAGAAUUCCACAGUCUCCAGAAAAGACAGAACAAAGAAGAGGAGAGAGUCCUUUGGGUGGGGUGGCAGAGCAGCCCAGGCAGGAAGGUUGCACAGGAAGGGCUGUCUGUGUAGGUCUUGAGGGACAAGGAGAAGUUUACUAGACAACAAGCACCAGGCAGAUGCCCAACAGGGAGAAAGAGUGAGGGGCCUAAGGAAGAAGUGGAGACAGUGGAGGCAGGGGAUUUUGAAGCUGGUGAGAUGGCAGACAUAAUGAUAAGAGACCAGCAAUGAAAGGGAGGUUGGGGAUUCUAUGCAGGGUAAUGUGACCUAGGGGAGUGUCUUCAGGUUACAGGAAGGAGCAGGCCCGUGCUGUAGGACUGGAAUACCCUGAUCCACAUAGAUCCAGGGAAUGCAGUUAAUAAGGAGGGCUAGAGCCAGGCUCUAGGAAAGAGGAACAGGAAUCAGGACUAGAUUGAUUGGAUUACCACUGCUCAGGGUCAGUUUGGUGGGUCCUCCAGACAGGGUGAUGAGGUCAACCAAUCUGGGUAGAGGUACUCAAGCUAAAAGGUCCCCACAGUGUCCCAGCUUCAUGACACAUCUUGCCCAGUUCCUCUAUCCAACCCUACCCUACCCAACUGGCUCUUCCAGGGCUUAGCCUUUCCUCCUGUUAGCCGAUAAAAAGGGUUUGUACCUAUGCCCUGAGGUAAAUGGGGCUUCUUAAGACCAAGGCUUGGGCUAAGACCCCUCAGGCCUUCCUAGGGCCAGCAGCUGACAGGAUGACGGAAGAAGCAUGGGAGGGACGGGGAAGAGGGUAGACUUGGAGGACUGUCCCCUCCUUCCAUGUCUCCAAGCAAGGCCACAGGUAUACUCCUAGGCCAAGAGGCAGAGGCCAGCAGAAUCAGCCUUGAGCAUGUGACUGGGGAGUCUCCGAACCUCCCUACCCCCAGAGUGCCAUACGAAGGCAUAAGCCCAGUCUUCCUACUUAGGAACCAACAGUGGAACCUGGGCUGCCUGGCCAUUGGACCUUGGGGACACAAACAGAAGCUCACAUUUCAGGCUCAUGAAUAACUCAUCACCUGCUUGCUGCCUGUACCUCUGAGAAACCUGUUCCCUAGGCCUGCCCCCAACCCCACCUUGCAUUUCUUUAAACUUUAAUAGGCCCAGGUUCUAAGGCAACUGAGCGGGGUCCAUGGAGCUGGGACAAAAAAGUCUUAAGCAGGAGAACUUGGGCCCAGCUCCCUCAGGUCCCAGGUGGUAGCUGAUAAAGGAGGAUCCUAUGGGGCAGACCCACCUCCUUAGAACCCCAGCCAAAGUGUAAAUGUGGCCAGGCAGGACCCCCAAGAGUGGCCUCCAGCUCCAGAGCCCUUCACAGGAGGAAGAGUAAGCUGGGGUGUUGAGGUCAGGUGAGGCCUGGGAGCCCCUGGAAAGCUAUGGGAUAAGGUUGCAGACCAACCCCAGAGUUACCAGCCGAGAGACUUACAGCCCAGAAGUUUCCACCCUGGAUGUAGCACUCCAACGAGGAGACAUCCAUCUGAGAAGACCAAGACUCCCAGGAGGCCUGGGAGCAGUGCCCUGGGUAGACCUGCAUGGACAUUCCCAUCAGCCCCAGAGACUUCCGCUGCCUGCAGCUGGCCUGUGUGGCCCUCGGCCUGGUGGCUGGUAGCAUCAUCAUUGGCGUCUCGGUGUCCAAGGCUGCCGCUGCUGUGGGUGGUGUCUUUCUUGGCGCUGCUGGUCUUGGGCUCCUUAUCUUCGCCUACCCUUUCCUGAAGGCUCGGUUCAACCUGGACCACAUCCUACCUGCGAUAGGAAACCUGAGAAUCCACCCUAACUCAGGACCAGACCAUGGGGAGGGAAGACCCAGCAACACCAGCAAUAAAGAAGGAACCCGUAGCAGCCUGUCCACUGUGACCAGAACCCUGGAGAAGCUGAAGCCUGGAGGCCGGGGAACUGAAGAGGGCUAAGCAUUGCCUCCUCUCCCAGUGCUCCCCCAGUACUCCUGUCUCGGCCCUCCUUCAAGCUAGAAGAUGCAUCGAUGAGCCCUGGGGAUUUUGGACCUACCCUCUCCUCCAGUGAGGCUCUUUCUAACAGAUUCCCUCACUCCCAGCAUCAUGGCAAGACCCACAGGCCUCCAGUGGUUCCAGUUUCUCCCCUGGCUCAUAGCUCCAGACAUCUCAGUUCUGUUCCCUGUUUGAUCUCCUGUUGGAAUUUGUCCCAGGGCCCUGAUGUAUCUCAGUCAUAGAAGCUGACCACAGAAACCACAGAUUGGGGGGGGGGGGUCCUACUGAGACUGUCAUGUCCAUGUCGGGAGAAGUGACACUGCUGGCUAGGUAACUUUCCAGCUAAGCCAGCGUUGAGACUUCUCCUGGCUCCAGACAGGCCCCUGGCACCUCCUAUUCUUCCCACUCCUCUUUGCAAGAAGUGUUCUCCUUGCUCCCUCUAAAAGGCCAUCUCGGCAUCCCAGAGCUGCAGGUCCCCUGUCCUAUUCUAGCAGCCUGUGUCCUCUCUCUUGGAACCUCCAGAAAAGUUUGAAUUCUUCU